AUGGCGAAGAAGAUAACGCUAAAGAGCUCGGACGGAAAGAUCUUCGAGGUGGACGAGGCGGUGGCAUUGGAGUCGCAGACGAUCAAGCACGUGAUCGAGGACACUUGCGCCGAGGACAGGAUCCCAGUCCCCAAAGUCAAUGCCAAGAUUCUAUCCAAGGUGAUCGAGUACUGCAAGAGGCACGUCGACACUGCCGCCGCCAAGCCAUCCGCCGCCGGCGGCGGCGACACUGGCGUCGGAGACGACUCCGCCUCCUCCUCCAACGCCGUCGAGGAGGAGCUCAAGCAGUGGGACGCCGAGUUUGUCAAGUUCGACCAGGCCACCUUCCUCGGCCUAAUCCUAAACAUUAAUUAUCUUUCAUUGCAAGAUGUGCUAUACUUAUUGCAUGUCCUUUGA